UUCACGCCUAUCAAUCAAAUACCCACUGCUCCUAAUCUAAAAUCUUCUUCCACGGCAGCCACUUCAUUCUCCGCCAUCCUUUGAGCUCGUCGCCGAUCCGCUCUCCUCUGGUUUUGUGUCCGCCGCUUUUCUAUCCACCAGCAUCCUCCGCCGCUGCCUGCAAAAUCUACUGCCGGCACCGCAACAAAAACCGCCUCCGUCAGAAACUUAGCUUGGUUACACAGUAGGACAGCCGCCGGGGUUGGGCAUCUGGCGAUUUACACAUACCUCUCACAGUCCAAAACCUCAGAAUUCAUCAAGUAGAUCAAUCUGCAUUGUCGCCCUCCAAAUCAUGGCUUUAGGUUUUGCCAUCGGAGUCUUCGGUGUUCUCAUUCUUUUUCACGCCGCUUAUUCAACCAUCCAAUAUAGGGGUUUGCUCAAGAUCACCGAAGAAGAGUUUUCAGGGCCUCCCUUCAAUGUGGUGACUGAGCUAUCUCUGGGGCUAGUUCUUUGUAUGUGGGCUGCGUUAACUGUGCCGGGGAAGUUUCUGUCCAUACACCCAGAUUCUGAGGAGAAUAGGAUUGUUUCUUUGCCUGCUAACCUUGACUUCAUGAUCUUCAACCACCGAGGCAAGGUCUUCCCUGUGGAAAUGGAUUUGAAGCUGAAACAAUGAUGACUUUAGGAUAUCCCUCUUUUGAGGAUUAAACAUAUUUUCCCUGGAACAUUUUAGAAUUUUGGAUUUGAAUUUGAUAAUGUCAUUGGUUUAUCCAUGUCUCUUUGCACCUUCCUUUUGUAGCUUAUAUAUACUUCAGAUUCUUGUACUGGCCACUUAGCACUUACUGGUAAUUUUGACAUCAUAUUAUCACUUAUAUCAUUAUGAAGAAAUAGCUUGCACUAA